GGCAGCACAAGCACAGCAGCAACCCCAGCCCCCGCUAAGCAUCAGCCUUCUACCUCCUCUGCUUUGCAUUCCUCCUUCCAGUUCCAACCGCAAUCAAUGGCUGCCAUGAAGAUCACCCUCCUUGCCGUGGCCGCAAUCUCGGCACUCUUACUAGGCACCGCAUCGGCGGCGACCUACGGUGUCGGCGAGCCGGGCGGUUCGUGGACCCUCAACACCGACUACAGCAACUGGGUGUCCAACAAGAAGUUCCACCCGGGUGAUGAGAUCGUCUUCAAGUACUCGACCCCGGCGCACGACGUGGUCGAGGUGAGCAAGGCCGGCUACGACUCCUGCAGCACCGACGGCGCCAUCAACACCUUAACCUCCGGCAACGACGUCAUCUCCCUCAACGCCACAGGCACUCGGUACUUCAUCUGUGGCGUCCCUAGCCAUUGCAGCCCCACCGCCGCCGCCAGCAUGAAGGUCACCAUCGAAGUGGUGCCGGGUGCCUCCUCGCCAUCGUCACCCAUGCCGGCCGCGGGUCCCGGCGCGACCAACCCGCCGCCGCCCUCCUCUACCGCAACCUCCGUCGGGGCCGCAGCAGGAUUUGGCCUCGUCGCCCUACUGGCGGCCGGUCUCAUGGCUUAAAAAGUUAGAAUGCAUAUUUCAGCUGCAUGCCGCACGCACAUAUCAGCUUACAUAUUGUUUGACUGGCUAUUACAAGGAAUAUAUACAUGUAUUAUUGCUUAGAGCGAAGAUGUGAGAACUACUACUUUCUAUCUCUCACGUUUGUAUGUAAUCUACUAGCCUUUAGGCAUUUCAUUUUCGUAUUGAUUUUGGAGGUUAAAUUA